AUGGCCAGCGAUGACAGCCCGUCCUUGCCAUCACUUUCGGAAAAUGGCUCAUCUGUGAUCAUGCUGCCCUCCGGCUCAGACUCUGAGCCAGAGCUGCCUGCAGCUUCUGGCUCAGGCCAGUGCUGCAACUCCGGCUGCCUCGCAGCCUUGGACGAGAGCCCGGAGCUUUGCACACGCGCAGAAGAGGUCAGAGUGGCUUUUCAAUCCAGCCGUGUAGAGGAUCUUGCCAAGCUCCGAUACCAUUGCUUGGCGGCUUGGCAAAGCAAGCCGUCUGGCUGGCGCCACUUCCGUGCUUGGGGCAUGCCACUGUGCAAAAAUGCGGUGUGUUCCUUGUUGCACAUGGGUUCAACCAUGUACAGCAAGUUCACUAAGCAUAUAGCAGAGGGGUACAUUGACCCACCCAUGGACCUGCGGCGCACGCAAUGCCAGCAACGCACAACUGGGCAGAGCACCUCUGACGCCACUGUUGCAGCCGACACCUUGCUACGGUGGAUCCACGAGAAUAUGGCAGAGCAUUUGGCAGAGAGCGACCAGUUCGUCUCAGGCAAGACCAAUUUGCUCCACAAGGCAGAGACGGCAGGCUUGGCAGAUAUCGCCAACGGGCCUGAGCACAUCAAGUGGCUGGCGCCAGGGACAACGCUGACUGAGCUGCUGUCAUUCAGCGCAGCCUUCAACCCAGAAGUGGAGGCUCCCAGCUUCUCCACCUUUUGCCGGAUCUACCACAGUGAGGGGCAGCAUUCCAAGUGCGACAGCUGCGAAAAGUUCAAAGCCUGGAGGCGACUUGCCAGCUCCAAGAGCGACGUUGACAUGGUGAGCAAACUGUACAAGGAGCACCUGGCAAGCAUGAUGGCGGACAGACGGGUGGAUGCUGCCAUCGCUGCAUUGGCCCGUCAGACAUGGGCCGGAGAGGGGGGGGACAAGUCCACAUUGUCCCUGACCCUUGAUGGGAUGGACACCACAAAAUUCAAGGUGCCAAGGAACUGGCAUGUUCUAAGGAGUGGGACUCAUUGUGGCGACCCGAACUCCGGCUUCACGGAGCGCUGA